CGCGCCGACGGGGCCGGGGAUGUGGCCACACGGGUGACACGGGAUGCAGAGGACGUGCGUGAGGCGCUGGGCGAAGCGCUGAGCCUCCUGCUCUGGUAUCUGGCACGCGGCGUCUGCCUCUUCGCCACCAUGGCCUGGCUGUCCCCGCGCAUGGCGCUGCUCACCAUGCUGGCGCUGCCGCUGCUGCUGGCCCUGCCCAGGGCUGUGGGGCACUUCAGGCAGGCCCUGGCACCACAGAUGCAGAAGGCGCAGGCCCAGGCCAGCGAGGUGGCAGUGGAGACUUUCCAAGCCAUGGCCACCGUGCGCAGCUUCGCCAACGAGGAUGGGGCGGCUGCGCACUACCGGCAGCGCCUGCAGCAGAGCCACCGCCUGGAGAAGAAGGAUGUGGCCCUCUAUACCGUCUCUGUGUGGACCAGCGGUUUCUCAGCAUUGGCCCUGAAGGUGGGGAUCCUCUACUAUGGGGGGCAGCUGGUGGCUGCAGGGACCGUCAGCACUGGGGAUCUUGUCACCUUCCUCCUCUACCAGAUGCAGUUCACUGAUGUUGUGGAGGUCCUGCUCCGCUAUUACCCCACACUGACAAAGGCUGUGGGCUCUUCGGAGAAGAUCUUUGAGUUCCUGGACCGGGAGCCACAGGUUGCACCCUCAGGGACAGUGGCACCCAGUGACCUGCAGGGCCACCUCCAGCUGGAGGACGUCUGGUUCUCCUACCCUGGGCGCCAGGAGCCCGUCCUCAAGGGCGUAUCGCUGGAGCUGCGCCCUGGGGAGGUGCUGGCGCUGCUGGGACCCCCGGGUGCAGGGAAGAGCACUCUGGUGGCCCUGGUGUCACGCCUGCACCAGCCCAUGGCCGGGCGCCUGCUGCUGGACGGCCAGCCCCUCCCCAGCUACCAGCACUCCUACCUGUGCCACCAGGUGGCCGUGGUCCCCCAGGAGCCGCUGCUCUUUGCCCGCUCGCUCCACGCCAACAUCUCCUAUGGGUUGGGGUGCUGCAGCCGGGCGCAGGUGACAGCAGCUGCCCGCAAGGUGGGCGCCCACAACUUCAUCACCCACCUGCCCCAAGGCUACGACACAGAGGUGGGCGAGUUGGGAGGACAGCUCUCCGGGGGGCAGCGGCAGGCGGUGGCCAUUGCCCGUGCGCUGCUGCGGGACCCCCGCAUCCUCAUCCUCGACGAGCACAGCAGCGCCCUGGACACUGAGUGCCAGCAGCAGGUGGAACAGGAGAUCCUCGCAGCCAGAGGGUCGGGGCGUGCAGUGCUGAUGGUGACGGGCCGGGCAGCCCUGGCAGCGCGGGCACAGCGAGUGGCUGUGCUGGAUGGGGGAGAGAUGCGCCAGCAGGGACCCCCCCACGAGGUGCUGCACCCCGGAAGCCCCACGUGGCACCUGCUGCAGGACUGGGGACAACAGGGAGCACCAAGGAAGGGGGACAGAGGGAGUGGGGAUGAGGGAUAG